UGUUGAGGUACAAUAAUUGUUCUGUCUUGCAUUUUAGGUGAUUGUGAAGUCUAUGGGUUGUGUUCUUGUAGCACCUCUUUUAAAUGAAGUAGUCAAAAAAGAGAAGAGUUCUGAUCACUGCCAGGCUGCACUCACACACCUGAUCACGACCUGCAGCCCAAAUGAACUCCUGCAUAGCUUGCUUGAAGUAAUUGAAAACCUCGACCCAGGUGCUAUUUCUGAGACCAUCUUAGCUCUUGUUCCACAUCUUCAAACAGUGUUGCUGUGUCUGGAUCAGAGAAAAGGAGCAUGUGUGGGCUUGGCCCUGUCCGCCCUGCAGAAGCAGCUGUCCCGCCUCCCUGUUCCUUACACCCAGCAGCAGGAGGAAGCCGAUGAGUAUGGACUGUGUCGCUGCUGCAACGCCUUGGCUGCGUUCGCAAAGCCAUUCACAGAGGAGGUGGUGAUGAGGAAAAAUGGAAACUAUGUGACCACCCCUGAGGAUGAGGAGCUAAGGACCGAGCUUCUCAAGUUCUGCAUGAGGAGCUUGAGAGAUCCUCUGCUCGAUGUGGAACUGAGUCGAGACAGAAGAUCAUCACUCUGGUUCUUUGCAAGAGAGACAGUGGUCACACUAUCCGCAAUCCAAGUGUCUCUCUCAGAGCUCCUGUUCUUCAACCCUCUGAAGAAAAGCACCCAGACUGAUAACAGUCAGUCCACAGAGUCAAGAGCUUGUCUGGCUUAUCUCCUGUUUGUGCAGCUCAUCACCAUAGACAGCUUUCCAGUUGUGUUCAGUCCUGUAUUUGUUCUUCAGUGCAACAUGGAACUCAUCAAUCAACUACUCAGCAGCAAAAAGGAAUCGCACUUGCUCAAAGGACUGGCUUUGUAUACCAAAAGUUUGGAGAGUGUGCAGGACAACAGCCUUCCAGUGAGUCUACUGGAACUGAAGAGCUUCUAUAGUGUACCACAGAACCUGCGCCAAGUUCUUACUGACUGCCCAAUGCAACAUUUGAGAGAAUCGGGACUUCAGGUUUUCCAGCUGUUCAUCAAUAAAUUAGAUGCUGAGGCAAAGCACAAGUUCUUCAGGUGCAUGUUAAAAACCAGCAACCAUGCAGGAGUAGAGAGUUACAUCGUAAAGAACAUCAGGAAUCAAGUAGAAUUUUCUACACAGCUGGGUAAUGCCAAUAAAUGGUUCCUGGGAGAGGAGCUUCUCUCGUUGUUGGGUCUGGUGUUAUGUUUGCCUCAAGGUGUGGACACAGAUUUGCUUAACAGUAUGGACAGGAUAAUGGAGAGUCUGAAUCUGCUACGCUAUCUCCUUCUCAGAGACAAGGACCUGAGGAGCCCCGUAAGUCAGUCUAAUUCAGCACUGUCACUGCUCCUCUGCCAGCCAGCCUGGUUAAUGAUAUUCUCCUGCUACCUUCAGGCAGAUAUGUGGGAAGAGCUGUGCAGGAUCAAAGACAAAUAUCUUACAAUGCUGCGUGUGUGUAUCAGCAUAUCAAGAGCCUAUUAUUCCGCUGAAGUGAAGGCACUGAGGGAGGAUCAAAAGCUAAAAGCAAAAGAGGCCAGAGAUGCUGCUAGAGCCACCAGAUUAAUCAAAAGCUUCAGAGUAAAACAGGAGACAGUGUCCGAUAUGUCCCCAGAGGUCCAGCACCAGGUGUUGCAGAGUGCGCUGGUGACAUUUGACUUGAUGGAGAGUCUUAUCGUCCGUAUUGAAGAGAUCGCAGAGGAAAAGCUGAGGAUCCCGAAGUAAACCAAGCGUCAAGUCGG